AUGAUGUCAGGUGAAAGAUAUUUUGUUUUUAAUUAAGGUUGUUGUAACAUAAUAACAAGUUGGAAUCAGAAGCAUGAAUGUGGAGGAAGAGGUUGGACGCCUCAAGGAAGAAAUCAAGAGGCUUGGCAAGCUUCAAUCAGAUGGUUCUUACAAGGUUACAUUUGGAACGCUGUUUAAUGAUGACCAAUGCGCAAAUAUAUUCGAAGCACUUGUUGGGACAUUAAGAGCAGCUAAAAAGAGAAAAGUAUUAACAUACGAAGGUGAAUUGCUGCUGCAAGGGGUACAUGACAAUGUGGAAAUCACUCUUAAUCCCCUCACCCCUGAUGCUGCCAACUGAAACGCUAUGUACCCAAAAUCAAAAUUGAACUGUGAAACGAUAAAAGUACAAUUUUUUUACUCUAAAAAUUAUGAUCGCACCAGAAUCUUGUCAUCAGAACUUUGUUGCAAAAGUUAUGGAUUUCAUAACCAACAGUUUUGGUGUUUGUUUGAAUAGUGUUUCGCGUCUAAAACUUUUCAACUUAAAUCAA